AACAGACCUUGCAUGAAUCUGUUUAUUUCCCCAACCAUCGUCAAGCCAGCCAAGCAAACUUAAUUCAAUAUCCAGAUAAAAAGAGCGCAUUAGGGGGCUUAUAAAUACUAAUCGGCUAGUUUUAUGCUUACGCUCUUGGAUAUCAAACAAUAAGGAGUCAUUUAUGCAAAUUUCUGCAGUAUUCCAGAUUUUUUCGCUUUUUCCUAGACUUCGUGGCUACCAAUGCGAUUUAUCGCCAGUAAACUGACUUAGUUCUUCUCAGAUGCCACUUAGCAGUCCAUUAAACUAUUUUUUGAAUCUAAAUACUUGGAUACUAUUUAUGCUAAUUAAAACAAUCAUUUAACUUAUAUCAUAUUUUUUGACCCAUGUAUUUUUCAAAUUGCAUUAACAAUUGGUGUUUUUUGCUACUUAAAAUGCCGUCGUAAAUGUCAGUGCAGCGAAAAUUAUCUCUGACUAGUUGGAGUUUUUUGUUUCUAUUCAUUGAGCUGUCGGCCUAUCGUGGUGUUAUGUAGACCUCGUUCAUUUUACAAGGAGAUUAUAGUUUAUCAGCGGGCGGGUCAUUAAACUAUUUUUCCAGAUUUUUCUGUUGGUGUUAAAUAACUGGUUACUGCUUUCUGGAACAACAAGAAACGGCUAAUUUUUCAUUCAGCUGCCGCAAGUCUCAUCAAUCAUUAUUAACAUUUUGAAUCAGUGUUAUGAUUACUAGAGCCGAUAUAACAACUUGCUAUCCUGUCAAAAGUGGUUUCAGACAGGCUUAAUUUGUUCAAAAUUGUUAAUCUCACGAUCGAAUUAUGUUUUUCAGGACUUGAUCUGCAUAUUGAUCGCUUAAUUUCAAAUCAAUUUCUAAUUUAAUUUCGCUACGCGAGUACUUAAUGACGCAGACGAGAUGAACCAGAUGAAAAAAACUCGCGACGAUUAGAGAUCAAAAUGCGUUUUGAAACACCGAUACAGCGAAAAUCAAACGUGGUGUUUAUGAAUGAGAUGCGAAAAGAAAAGAGUUCAUUGAGUGAAGUAAUGGAGUUGUAAGCAAAAAAGAGAGAACAAGAAAGAUCUCGUUGAGACAAGUCUACACAGCAGUUAGAGAGAGGAUGGCGCAGAUUUCAACCAUCUCCAACUUUGCUACCGAUGACGCCAAAAACAAUAGUGAUAUAAGAGACGACAUGAUCAAAUCUGGCCCCGAUGGUCUGGGGUCCUCGUACUCCGAGGGGAACCCUGUGAGUGGCGGAAACUCAAGUGAAGGCUACAUGCAGACAGACUCGAGUCUAGUGUUCGCCACCUACUGCUUCAUAGGCACAUUCGGCAUCCUCCUCAAUAUACUGGUCAUAGUUGGAAUUCUGACCAACAAACGCAUGCGAAAUGUGCCCAACAUGUUCAUACUUAAUCUGGGGGUGUCCGAUCUCCUGUUCAGUCUGGGGGUGCCGCUAAUUUACCACUCCACCACGGCGCCCAAGUGGCAACUGGGCAUUUUCUUGUGCAAAAUGGUCAAUGGAGUUGAUGCGCUGAACCAGUUCACAGGCAUCUUCAUCCUCGUCCUCAUGGCCAUAGAUCGCUACUUGGCCAUUGUUCACUGCAUGCGAUCUGUGAACUUCCGCAUGCGCACCAUGAAGGGCUGUCUACUCAGCAUCGGACUCGCCUGGCUAGCAUCCGUCCUCUUCAGCCAGCCGGCAUGGAUCACAGCCAGCGUCGAGACAGUCCGGGGAAAGACGAUGUGUCACCUGGCUAUGGGAGAGUACGGAAUGCUGUGGGCUAUAGCAUCGUUCAUAAUUGGAUAUGGUAUCCCACUUCUGGUCAUAACAGUCUGCUAUGGCCUCAUUUUUUUCGACCUCCGAAAAACAGCGUCCAAUACCACUGUUUCUAACGUUGACCAAACCACCACUAAACUAGUCAAAGUCGUGACGAUUAUUAUCUUUGCAUUCAUUCUAUGCUGGACUCCCUUUUACAUUAGUCUGUUUUUUCUUGGAAACACUCACUUAUCCCGAGAGACAAAGCAGCGCGUCUUUGAGUUGAGUGUCGGCGCGAUUUACCUUCACCCAUGUAUUAACCCUAUUAUUUUCAUGUGCAGUUCUGAGCAAUUCCAGAAAAAUGCGUCAACUCUUUGCUUGAAGCUUAGAAGAUCCGCACCCAACGCAGAGUUUUUGCACGGUGGUGCUACGUGUACGGAAAUGAUGACAGCAGAUUCCUCCAAACGCAAUAAAGAGCAAAGGGCCAAAACUUCACGUGAAACUUCAACAAAAGAUGAAAACCGAGUGCAGAUAACCAAUCUUGAUAAAAUUGCAAAUACGCAAUGCUGAUUUGUAGACUAGAUAACUUGUUUUGAAGUUUCCUUGUUUUAUAUAUGCUUAUAUAUCGGAAUGUUUCAAUAAUCAUGUGCUUAUAUUGGAUGUGUUUUUUAAAUUAA